GGCUCUGCUGUGGGCGUCAGGCGCUGCCCGAGAGUGGACAAUCAGCCUCCCAGUGGCUAGGGUCUGAGCAAGCAGGCCGAGCCCACCAGUCACAGGAAGCAGUAGGUAUCAGGUUGGACUCAGUACUGGCUGCGGCCAGGUGAAGAGUCAGUACACAAAGGACCACGCCUCAAGUGACCUGGAUUCCACAACUAUCUCCUCAAAGCUGAUAGGAGCAUGAAGAUGGGGCACGCCUCAAACCCCCUCAGCACCUCUGCCCCACUUGAUGCCACAGCUGGGCCCAGUCUCAUCCCAGACCUCAUUACCAGGAUCCCCUCCUGUGCCCCCGGCCUAGGGCCUCGCUGGACCCUCUUUAUCGCCAUCCUUGCUGCUGGAGUCCUCUUAGUCUCCUGUCUGCUCUGUGUCGUCUGUUGCUGUUGCCACCGCCACCGCCACAGGAAGCAACCCAAGGAUAAAGAAACUGUGGGCCUGGGUAGUGCCUGUAACAGCACCACUACUCACCUGGUUCAGCCAGAUGUGGACUGCCUAGAGCCCUGCUCUGGGGGUGACCAACGGUGGGGACGACUCCUGCUGUCACUGGAGUAUGAUUUUGGAAGCCAGGAGAUUAGAGUGGGCCUGAGGCAGGCUGGAAACCUGAAGGCUGAGGGCACAGCAGACCCCUACGCCUGGGUCAGUGUGUCCACCCAGGCUGGGAGAAGACACGAGACAAAGGUGCACCGAGGGACGCUCUGUCCCAUGUUUGAAGAGACAUGCUGCUUUCUGGUCCCACCAGCAGAGCUGCCCAAAGCUACUCUGAAGGUGCAGCUGUGGGACUUCAAGCGGUUUUCAGAACACGAGCCACUGGGCGAGCUCCAACUACCCCUGGGCACCGUGGACCUUCAACAUGUCCUGGAGAGCUGGUACCAGCUAGGCCCUCCAGGGACCACUGAGCCUGAGCAGAUCGGGGAGCUGUGCUUCUCAUUGCGCUACGUACCCAGCUCAGGCAGUCUGACUGUGGUUGUACUGGAGGCUCGGGGUCUGAAUCCGGGGCUUGCAGAGGCCUAUGUGAAGAUCCAGCUUAUGUUAAACCAGAGAAAAUGGAAGAAGAACAAAACAUCCUCCAAGAAAGGCACAACUACCCCCUACUUCAACGAGGCUUUCGUCUUCCAGGUUCCCAUUAGCCAGCUCCAGAGUGUGGACCUGGUGCUGGCUGUCUGGACCCGUGGUCUGCAGCUCCGGACUGAGCCUGUGGGCAAAGUGUUGCUGGGUCCCCGGGCUUCAGGCCAACCCCUACAGCACUGGGCAGACAUGCUGGCCCAUGCUCGGCGGCCUGUCGCCCAGUGGCACCACCUGCGGUCCCCCAGGGAAGUGGAUCGUGCUCUUGCCCUGCAGCCUCGCCUUCCCCUGCUUAGGCCUCGCUCCUGAAAACACCACAGGUCUCAGUUUUCCCAGAUGGAGAGCUGUGGAUAUUUGUGCAGGCUUUUCAGAUCUCUGUAAUAAAUGCACCCUCUUUCACAC